CGCAAGGCAGGCAGGCAGGCAGGGCAUCACAGCCUCCUCUCUCUCUCUCUUUCUCUUUUUCUUUCUCUCUUUCUCCCCCUCUCUUCCUUUCCGUCUCUCUCUCUCUCGCUUGUCUCUCGCCACGCCAAUCCAUGAAAAUGCUUUGGAAACUGACGGAUAAUAUCAAGUAUGAGGAAUGUGAGAUGUUAGUUCACAGUUUCUCAGCGAUGGACCGCCACGACGGGACCAGCAACGGGACCGGCCGGCUGCCCCAGUUGGGGUCGGUGGGCCAGUCGCCCUACACCAGCGCCCCGCCGCUCUCCCACACCCCCAACGCCGACUUCCAGCCCCCCUACUUCCCCCCGCCGUACCAGCCCAUCUACCCGCAGUCCCAAGACCCCUAUGCCCACGUUAACGACCCUUACAGCUUGAACCCGCUCCACGCUCAGCCCCAGCCCCAGCACCCGGGCUGGCCGGGACAGAGGCAGAACCAGGAGACGGGCCUUUUGCACACGCACCGAGGACUCCCCCACCAGCUCUCCGGCCUGGAUCCCCGCAGGGAUUACCGGCGGCACGAGGACCUCUUGCACGGACCGCACGGCUUGAGCUCAGGACUGGGGGAUCUCCCCCUUCACUCCAUACCUCACUCCUUGGAAGACGUCCCGCACGUAGAAGACCCGGGUAUUAACAUCCCAGAUCAAACUGUAAUUAAGAAAGGCCCGGUGUCCCUCUCCAAGUCCAACGCCAACGCCGUCUCCUCCAUCCCCAUCAACAAGGACACCCUCUUCGGCGGCGUGGUCAACCCCAACGAGGUCUUCUGCUCCGUCCCCGGACGCCUCUCCCUCCUCAGCUCCACUUCCAAGUACAAGGUCACUGUGGCCGAGGUCCAGAGGCGCCUCUCCCCGCCGGAGUGCCUCAACGCCUCGCUGCUGGGAGGAGUGCUGCGGAGAGCAAAAUCAAAAAAUGGAGGGAGAUCUUUGAGAGAAAAACUGGACAAAAUAGGAUUAAAUUUGCCAGCCGGAAGACGUAAAGCUGCUAAUGUUACCCUGCUGACAUCACUAGUGGAGGGAGAAGCAGUGCAUCUAGCCAGAGAUUUUGGUUACGUGUGCGAAACCGAAUUCCCUGCCAAAGCAGUAGCUGAUUUUCUCAACCGGCAACAUUCCGAUCCAAACGAGCAAGUCACAAGAAAAAACAUGCUCCUAGCUACAAAACAGAUCUGCAAGGAGUUCACCGACCUCCUGGCCCAGGACCGCUCUCCUUUGGGCAACUCCCGCCCGAGUCCGAUCCUGGAGCCGGGCAUCCAGAGCUGCCUGACCCACUUCAACCUCAUCUCGCACGGCUUCGGGAGCCCCGCCGUCUGCGCCGCCGUCACCGCCCUCCAGAACUAUCUCACCGAGGCCCUGAAGGCCAUGGACAAAAUGUACCUCAGCAACAACCCCAACAGCCACACAGACAACAACGCCAAAAGCGGGGACAAAGAGGAGAAGCACCGAAAAUGAGGACGAACCCUACUCCUCCUCCUCCUUCUUGCAAGGCCCCCCCCCCAAAACCCUUCACCCUAGAGAGACAGGAGCCUAGAGAUUUGCUCUCCCCGACUCUUUUUGACACACUUUUAAAGACUGGAAACCUACACAAACACACACACAGACACACAAACACACACAACCAGCGGCAUCACUCCUCCUUUUCCUCCUCCUUUUUUCCCUUUUCCACCGCUUCCCAGUUUGACUCCCAGUUGCUAACCAGUUUGGAGCCUAAGGAAAAACGAACAAGGAGAUGGACGAAGAGGGGGGCGGUGUGUCUAUUUGCCUAUUUUUUUGGGGGGGGGGGAUCUUUCUUUUCCUUUCUUUUUUGGUUGUUUAUGUGAACUUUUCAUCAUGUUUUUUUCUACAAAUAAUAAUAAUAAUAAAUAAAUAAAGCCCGGUAAUUUUUUUUUAAACAUCACCCAAACUUUUUUUUUCCCAUAAAGGAGAAAAAAACAAAAGUGAAAGAAACUUAAAAGCAAACCUUUUUAAAAAGAAAAGACACAAAAUGUGGAGGAAACCUCCCGAGCUUCAUAGGACCCUGAAUCGCCUCCUCCUCCUCCUCCCUUUCCAAGAACUUCUUCGGUUUAAGAUUGUAGCCAUAUUUAAAAACAACUCCACAAACACACAACCCAAGAGGCAAAAGGACGAUGACGAUGAUGACGAUGAAUGACAUUUUAUCAGUAUUGUGAAUAAACUUGAACACACACAAACUCCAUCCCGUUUUCCAUGUCAUGCCUUCAGUUCUAGAGCUUCUUCUUCUUCUCUCCUGGUUCAAGGUAAAAAAAAAGCCACACACCGACCUGAACUUUCUUAUAUCAGUGACGCCGGGUUUCACGGUUCUUCCAUAAGGGGAUCAGUGUUCAUGUAUGUAUAUAUUUAUUUAUGUGUAAUUUAAUGGGAAUUGUAAAUAUGGUGAGUCUGUUGGAAGCCUUUUUGUUUUGUUUUUUUAAAUUAUUUAUCUGGUGAUCUCGAUUUACCUCUUGUUUAGUGGGUUUCGGAAAAGAAAUCAUCCCCCCUUUCUUAGUUCCAUCACUGUGCUUCAUUCAUGGUUAAACUUGCUUAGAAAACAGAGGUGGGGAGGGAUGUUUUUUGGAGGGAGGGGUGGCAUUUGUUUCCCCCAUCACUUCAGCCCCGUUGUAGCAUGUUUCUUUUUUUCUUUUUUAUUAAAAAAGACAACAAUAAAACGGCUAAACAAACCUGGAAUUUAAUAAUAAAUUAUUAGCGCGACCUUUAGUUUCUCAUGGAUAAAGUGGGGAGGAGGAAUCAGACUCAGACACCUCCAUUUGAAAUGAUGUUGGGCCCCCCUUCAGAACAGAUGUGACCCUGUGUUAGUAGUUUCUGACAACUUACUAUGUGUUGUGGAUUUAAGAAAAGAAACAAAAAAGUUUAUAUAUCCAGUGUCCUUUCUCUUGAAACCUUCAUGAGAGCGAUACUCUUCGGAUAAAAGAUAAGGGUUGUGUCUUUCCCCUUUCCUUCCUCCCAACCCUUUCCUCCCUUUUCAUUUCGAGUUGUCUUUGGGUUCAAGCAACUUCCAUACAUUUGGGACCACCUGGUAUCCUCUAUUUCCACCGGCCAUAUUGGAAGCAGUUAUAGUUGUAUUGUAUUGAGUUGUGCUGGCAGUAGUUUCCAUGCCUGUCAAUGUAUCAUAGUCCUUUGUUGCCCAGAUAAAUAAAUAUUUGAUACGCUUUAUGUCGAUUUUUUUUUAUUUUACUUUAUUCAGUGGCUGUCUUUUACCCAGGCGUGUUUUUGUUCUUGGCAGUAUUUUUUAUUCAGCAUGGUUACAGUAAUUGAGUUUAACUCUCCCUUGACAAUUGCUCCUUGCAAUAAGCAGCUGAACCCAUGGUUUCCCUCAAGUAUAAUAAAAACUUACUUUCAAGUUGGAGUUCAGAGCAGGGUAUCAUUUAGAUAUUCCACAGAGUCUGUAUUCAGAC